AAGCGUGAAGAUGUAAGGGAGGAGAAGAAAACGGGCUAUCAGUGGGAAAUACGCACGUAAGGAGAGACAAAGAAAAAGGGAGGGAGAGAGAGAGACAGAGCGCGGAUAUUUUGCCAGGCACCCCUGGUGUGAAGCUUGUGUCUGCGCGCUCGCUGCUUACUUGACAGCUGCACGCGCACGGGUAGGAUGAGCUCUUGCAGCAGCAGGGCUCUGACUCUGCUCUCCACAGUGUUUGGGGCGUGUGGACUGCUGUUGGUGGGGGUUGCUGUGGCGACGGAUUAUUGGCUGCUGAUAGAGGAGGGAAUCGUACUGCAGCAGAACCAGACUGUCGAUGUCAGGAUGGCCUUGCAUUCUGGCCUCUGGAGAGUGUGUUUCAUAGCAGGUACAGAGAAAGGUAGAUGUGUGGCCUCUGAGUAUUUCACAGAGCCAGAGAUUGAAAUCACCACAGAAAACACUGCUAAUAUCCUCAAGAUGGUGCGGACAGCUACUCCCUUCCCUAUGGUGUCCCUGCUCUUCGUUUUCAUGGCCUUCAUCAUCAGUAACGUGGGCCACAUCCGUCCACAACGCACCAUUCUGGCCUUGGUUUCUGGAAUCUUCUUCAUCCUCUCAGGGUUGAGUCUGGUGGUGGGGUUGGUGCUGUAUAUCUCCAGUAUCAAUGAUGAAGUAAUGAACAGGCCGCGGGAGCCAGAGCAGUUCUUCAACUACCACUACGGCUGGUCCUUUGCAUUUGCUGCCAGCUCCUUCCUGCUCAAAGAGGGUGCUGGUGUGAUGUCAGUGUAUCUCUUUAUGAAGCGUUAUGCCGAAGAGGAGAUGUAUCGGCCUCAUCCGGCUCUCUACCGCCCCCGCCUUUCUGAGGGCAGCGACUACAGUGGCCAGUACCUGCAGCCAGAGACCUGGCCUCCAUCCCAGCGUGCUCGGAGCGCCUCCGAGAUCUCCAGUGACAUCUCCAUCCAGCUCACGCAGAACCCCCAUCCCCCGCAGAAGAUCAGCGGCCAGCAGAGCACAUCAUCUCCAGGAAUCACAGCUGCUUCCAGCCCCACCCCUGGAGCUAGAUACCAGCUGCCAUCACCAGGUUCUGCAGCUCCAUUCCCCCACAACCAUCCCCUCCACCCUGGGGCGCACAGGGCAGCUGCAGCAUCCCAGACCCUGCCUCUGUCUACAGCACCCCCUGCAGUGCCGCCCCCACACUAUCACACACACAUGCGCAUGAGCGCUUCACCAUGCUAAAUGCAGAUGGAAGGGAAAGUUUAUGGAGUGUUUGUUUUUACUAAGAUAAUGCUUAAACAAUGAGAAACAGAAAUAUGAUGUAAGACAAGAUAUAGUUUUUUAUAUUGAGAAAGGGAAGUUAGAAAAAAAUACUGUUUGUAAAGGCCUCUUUUUAAGACUGAAUGUUGUGAAAUUGUAGCAUAUUAAACUGCAAUGGAUCGAGUGAGGGUUCAUGCAGAACACUUGACAAUCACACACAACAGAACUGACAAUUCAUGUACUUAGACAUACACAUUAGAGCACAUAAGAGAACUAUUGCCUUCUAUAGGUGAUAUGAAAAAUAUUAUUGAACAUUUAUUAUUUUUCAUCAUGGAACCUGUGAAUUUUUAGUUCAUACGCCUGAGAUAUGCUUUCUUUUUUUUCUUUUUUUUUUCCUAAAGAGUUGAGAAAUAUUGAAUUUUUGUUGUAUAAAUAUUGUGUACUUAUGUGUUUUGGCUGCGAUUUGGUUCACUGCCUUUCUGCAAAAUGUUGACAAACCUAAUGGGGAAAAAAACUAAAUUUAAAUAAUUUAAAUGUUCUUAUUCUGUAGGACUCUUUUCUGAAUGUAUCAUUAUAUGUAGGUCAAUAUUACAAUAUUAACACUUGCCUGACAGCAUAUUUUAAAUUGUCAGCGUUCACAGUGCCCUCUAGUGUUUAUGUGACUGUAUUAACACUGCGUCUUAAGCGCUGUCCGUGGUCCUGAAAUCGGUCAAGGCAGCUUGUCAGCACAGACCGUGAGGCAAAAAUAAACACAGUCAACCGCUCCAUAAUGUUUCAUUGCAAAAACAAAUGUACUGUAACCAUACAACAUCAUUGUGAGUGAGUAUAACAAAUCACAGUUACAAAUAGAUGUUGAGCAGAUUUAAACUUUUAAGGCAUUGAAACUAAUAAGACCCAUUCAAACCUGUAACGAUAAUCAUAAAGAAAGAUUUUAACCACGUUAAUGACUCAGGGGAAUUAUAUAAUUGGAAGCACUUUCAGAACGAUGCUUCCCAGCUGAUGAAUGAUAAAAAAAAAAAAACAUUGGCAGCCAAUCAGAAUCCAUCCUGCUUUAACGAGCUAGAGCUUUUAAAGCAGUAGAAGACAAAACUGCAACACGUUUAUAAUAAACAGAACUUUGACAUGCAACAGUGUAGAUGCUAGUUAUGGUUAUCUUUAUAUUAAUUGUUCUUGGUGUCUUUGUUUUGUGUUUGUUACUGUGGCCAAUAGGGAUGUGAGCUGAAGUGGAAAUGUAAGCAUUAUGGUAUACAAUGAUCAGCUGAAGUGUAUCAUUUCUAUGCCACUAGCGGCAACAAAUGGAUUUGCAGAAAUAAUGAUCGUUUUCAAACACAUUUCCUGAACACUCCCCUUUUCUAUCAUUGGACGAACACAGCCCCUCCCCGAAAUUACGCUUUGGUUGAGCCAAUGUUGCUGUGUCGGGCUGUUUGACCUAGAAUUUUUUUAUCCCGCCACAAAGACAAAGAGUUAACCUUUUUGGAAAAUAAGGUACCAAUUGCUUCCUCAUAGUUAUCCCUGUACUCCAGUGGAAUAGUAAAUAUAAAAUACUAAUAGUAAAUUUCAACAUCAAAAACACACUUUCUUAAGCUUUAAAGGACAGAGCAAUGUGCAUGUGUAUAUUUGCGUGUGUAUUGUCUGCACUGAGACUGUUAAGUGCUUCUCUGCGGUUCAUCGUUCCAUUGCCUCAGGGAAGCGUGCGGUCCAAUUGAUCAAAACUGUCUCUCUGUUUCUAUCUCUGCUUGUUUGUGUUUGAGUAGGAUGUUAUUACAGCCGCAUUUCAGUAAUUCCUUUCGCCAAGGUGUUGCACUUGUGUUUGCUCUUAUCCUACAAAUAUAGUAUCUCAAACAGCUAAUACACAAUGUGUGUGUGUUAAUGUGUGCUUAUAUGAGGGGGUGGGGGAGUCUGCCCGUGUGUGUCAGUAAAGAGUUGGAUAUAGCUCUUUUCACCAACAUUACUGCAUGAAAGAGCUGUCACCCAGCAUUAGCCCAUUGCCUUUUCCAUGUGUGUGAGUGAGAGAGAUGGAGAGAAAUGAAGAUGAAUAUCGGUCGUAGUUCACUGUACUACUGUGCAGAUGUCUGAGUUUGGUGAGUUGACAGGCUGCUUAAUGAGGAACAUAUCUUGGCAAUUUCAUCCACUUUAAACGAGCCCAUACCAACGAGUGCCCAAAAAAAAAAAAAAAACUGGGACUAGCCUUUUCACAUGAUUACCCAUCAUCACGCUUUCCCACCAUACUCGACCUCGGAAGCCACACACACACACACACACACUGACUGAGUGUAUAUUGGUCUUUGAAACGACAGAAAGCAUAAGAAAUAUAUUCGCACGCUAUCUAAGCCAAUUCUGAGGCAUCUGUCGCAUUCAACCUGCCAUUUUUCACAUCCCUCCCUCCAUACACCCCCCUCUCCGUCUCUCUCUCCCUCUGCGGAACUCAGUGCUCUUUCUCAGGCUGGAUAACAUUGCAUUUAAUUAGCAGUGCGGUACUAACAUCAUCUCCAAGAUGCCUGCUUCUCUCAUCUCCUGCAAAAACCAGUGAGGGCAAUGUUGAGCAUUUGUGUUUCUGUUAUGGUGCAUGGGAACUUUACAUUGACUACUGCUAUUGUAUUUUUCUUUCCCAUAAAUCUAAGGCUGACACAAACCUUUUUUGCAUUAUAACAUUUUACAUACAAGACGUUAAUCGGUGUGUUUAUUAAACAUUUUUGCAAACACAUUCUUAAUAAUAUCAGCAGGUUGUUUAAGAAUUAUGUAAAUGUCAUAUAAAUGCAUCAACCCAUAAACGGAAUAAGCUAAUAUUCUGGUUUAUAGAAAUCUGAAUAAACAAAUGGCUUAUGCCUGAAUAAAUCAUAAUUGUUGGUCAUUCUUGGUGAUAUUCGAAUUG